UGGCGCAGAAGAAAACAAAAGCAAACUUCAUUGAUGAUGUUUUCAUUAUUUUACUUUCAGAUGAUAUUAUUACAAAAUGAUGAUGAAGAAGGUGUUAUCCAAGAUUGUUUAGCUAUUUGAACCGUUUUUAUAGAUGAAAAGAAAAUCAUGAUUGUAUUAUCGAAUUUGAUAAGACUGAAUUGAGAUUUUUUACCAUGUUUAAUGAAAUAAAGAAGACCAAAUCCAAGUCUGGAAAGGUAAAAAUUGAUACACCUUGACCAUUUGCAUUCUAUCGUUACCCCCAUAAAAUCCGUGCAAAGUCUCCCUCACUCAUAUUUAAAGUAGCACCUCAGAAGAACAUUCCAAGCUUCUUUUUGGCCUUAAAUUACAUGUGAUCUUGUUGUUGGAUGUACAAAAACAUGAACGUGUGUCAGAGAUUUCUUUGUUCUAUUGGUGAAACUGAGUCUGUCUUAAGAACAAAGAUGGAACAAUUAAUCUUCUUUUAUGUCUUUCUUGCUCUCUCUCAAACAUAACACUAACACAGCUUAACCCCUUUAAAUCUCUACAUAGUUAAUGAUAACUAAUAUAAACGUUUUUGCUAGCUAAUGACCUUUUUUACUAGUGUCUUUCUUAAUUAUUCUGUUUUAUAGUGAAGACAAAAACACUUUAUUUCUGCACUUGAUGUUGUGAAGUGACUUUGUUUCUCAUCGAAUCAACCAUAUGACUUUUUCUCCAACAGUGACAAUUGGGCUCCUCCAUUGAUCUAUUAUGAUUGUGUUCAUUUCAUGAUCAUAUCAAUACCACAAAGAGAAAGAGACAAAAACUUUAGCCAUAUAACUUUCCUUUAUAACAUUGGCAUGUGAUCCUAUUUCUGAAUAUGAUUGAAAACAUCUUCAUUAGAAUGUCCCCACAUAUGUACAUGUUUGGCCUCUAGUAGAAAGAUUUUGUGAUGAUAACUCAGUUUCAACCAUAGAAGAGGACAAAAUACUCCUAGUGAAACAUGAAGAAACAAGAGCAUAUAUGCCAAUAUCUAAUCAUGUUCUUCAACCUUAUAGCAUCUGAGAAAACAUAACCAUGUGAAACACUAUUCUUGUAUAUAUGUCCUAUAUACAGACCCAAAGCAUAAUCAAUACCAUCAACAAGAAAAUGGCUUUGGUGAGAGGCUUUCUUGGCAGCAAAGAAGAUUCUUGGUGUCUCUGUAGCAGGAAACAGUAAACCAACUUCAGCACCAAAAGGGUUUUUGCGGUGUACGUUGGUGAGGACAAGAAGAAGCAAAUAUACAUUGUGCCAGUCUCUUAACUUGAACCAGCCUUUGUUUCAAGCUCUUUUAAGUAAAGCUGAAGAAGAACUCGGUUUUAAUCAUUCCAUGGCGGCUUGACCAUCCCUAGUCCUGAACAAACCUUCCUCACAGUAACUUCCCAGAUCCAAAAAUGAUGAUCAUCAUCUGAAAAACAUUUUAAAAACAUUUUAUAUACUGUAUAAAUGACAUUUUUUCACAUUUCUUAUAUGAAAGAUAUGAUAGUGAAGAUAGAAAUCUCAAAGUAAAUAUGCCAGUUUUGCGUAAUGAACGAUGGAAUCAAACAAAAAAAGAUUUCUCAAAUAUGUUUAGUAACAGUUAUAUACUGCAAAAUCCAAAAGAUUUUUUCAUGUUUAUCUACAGAAUCAAUCAUGAUCAAAUAAAUACCCAAACCGGGCUCAGACCUGAACCAAUGGGAUUGAACCGGCUAAACAAGUUGGGUUUGGAAGCCGGUUUUGUUGUUUACAGUUAGUAGGACAAAGUUUGGGUCAAACUAACCGUACACAAAUAUUAACCCGAUGAUAUGAUUGGGUAUUGAUAUUUUAAUUAAACCGAGAAUCGUAAACCGAAAUCUAAACCGGUUAGUAGUUACAGUGUGAGUUCGUUCAUAUAUAAAAAAAUGCAGACUCUCUCUCUCUCUCUCUCUGUCUCGCAGGAGAAAAUAUUAAAUUUCAGUUCUGGGAAUGUGUCAGUGAGUUGUCUCUGUGUGGAUCUGACUCAAAAUUGAAUUGAACUACUUCUUCUUCUUCCUCUGACUCCUUUGCACGGGUUGCUUGUUUGCUUCCCCCUGGAACCUUCGAUGCGGAGAUAUCUCCUCUUCUUGAUACAAUCCCUCUGAUCAGAUCCAAAGCGUAUAAUCCUGGAUCUCGCCUUUAAUUCGUCGUCUUGGGGUUGUUUAGUUGGAGAAAGGAGCUGGAUUUGUAGGAGAUGGUGUUCAGAUCGAGGAUAAAGUGGAUUGCACUCUUGGUGCUCAUUUUAUCAGUAGGAUCUCUCCUUGUGCAUCUCUCGAUUACAAAGUCUUCUUCUGUACAGUUGGCUUCUUAUGCGAGAGGCACUCUUUGGCAAGAUUUUGAUUCUUUGUUAGGUUCACAGGAUUUUAGAAAUAAGCACUUAUGGCGGCCUGUCAGAUCGUUGGAGACCUUGCAGCCUUAUGCCAAUCCUAGAACUAGUUAUCCUGCGCCCAGUUCAGCAAACAAUGGCUACAUUUAUGCAAAGAUAUUUGGUGGAUUUGACAAGAUCAGAUCUUCUAUAUGUGAUCUUGUCACCAUCUCCAGGCUUCUAAAUGCUACUCUUAUCAUUCCAGAGCUUCAGGAAAGUCUUCGCUCUAAAGGCAUCAGCAACAAGUUCAAGAGUUUCUCCUAUCUUUAUGAUGAAGAGCAGUUUAUAUCCUUUCUUAAAAACGAUGUUAUCGUUGCGAAGACACUCCCUGAGAGCUUGAAAGCCGCAAGAAAAAGGAAUGAGUUCCCUCUUUUUAAGCCCAAAAACUCUGCAUCAACAAAGUUUUACCUCGAGGAUGUAUUGCCAAAGUUAAAGAAAGCUGGUGUUAUUGGAUUGGUCGUCUCUGAUGGGGGAUGCUUGCAGUCAACUGUUCCAGCUUCAAUGCCUGAACUUCAAAGACUAAGGUGUAGAGUUGCCUUCCAUGCCCUCCAGCUUCGUUCAGAAAUCCAGGUGCUGGGAAAGAAGAUGGUUGACAGGUUACGGAGAUCAGGUCAACCCUUCUUGUCUUAUCAUCCUGGCUUAGUGAGGGACAAAUUGGCAUAUCAUGGCUGUGCUGAGCUUUUCCAGGAUCUUCACAGUGAACUCAUUCAGUAUCGGCGGGCUCAGAUGAUCAAGCAGAAGUUUAUUUCCGAAGAACUUAUUGUUGACUCGCACUUACGCAGGGACAAUGGCUUAUGUCCUCUCAUGCCAGAAGAGGUUGGAAUUCUUUUGAAAGCAUUGGGUUAUUCUCAAAAAGCGAUUAUAUACUUAGCUGGUUCAGAAAUGUUUGGCGGCCAUCGUGUUUUGAUCCCUCUGCGAGCCAUGUUCCCUAAUCUAGUGGACCGGACUUCUUUAUGCAGCACGGAAGAAUUAUCAGAAUUGGUUGGUCCUGAGACGCCUCUUCCAGAAAAUACGUACGAAAUGCCUCCUCGGAAAAGCGAUAAGCAGCUCAAAGAAGAGUGGAACAAGGCAGGUCCUCGGCCUAGACCUCUCCCUCCUCCUCCAGACAGACCUAUCUACCAGCACGAAAAAGAAGGAUGGUCUGGUUGGCUUACAGAGAAUGAUACAGAACCAAUCCCUUCACCUAUGGAUCUCAGGAAUCAAGCGCACAGGUUACUGUGGGAUGCACUUGACUUUGUUGUAUCUGUAGAAGCUGACGUGUUUCUCCCUGGUUUCAACAACGAUGGUAGUGGCUUGCCAGAUUUUUCAAGCUUGGUAAUGGGUCAGAGGCUCUAUGAAAGACCCUCUUCACGAACAUAUAGACUGGACAGGAAAGUUAUUCAAGAACUUUUCAACAUAACCCGUGAGGACAUGUACCAUCCCAACCGUAACUGGACAGUUCGUGUGAGGGAACAUCUGAACUCAAGUUUGGGUGAAAGUGGGCUAAUCAGGCAGUCUAUGCUGUCGAAACCGAGGUUGUUUCUUUCGCAUCCACUUCCUGAAUGCUCAUGCAGAACAUCUCCCCUUGAAGAAUCCAGACAAAUACGAAGUGAUGACGGCAGAUUUCUCUAUGGAGGUGAGGAUGAAUGCCCUAAAUGGAUAAAAUCAGCUGGGGUGGAAAAGAGUAAAAAUGAUGAUGGUGAUCAGCCUGAUUAUGAACAUGACCUUCUCACUGAACAGUCAGAAACUGAAGAAGAGUUUGCGAAGAGUAAGGUGGCUUCAGCUUUUGACCAGGAUGAAGAAUGGGAUCCCAAUGACUAGCACUGUGACUAGGAUGCAGAUUCUGCUGUCAGGUGUCAUUUGAUUCUUCAGAUAAGGCGAAGAAGCAAACAAACGGAGGUUUUCUUUUCUUGUUUUCUAUAGUUACUGAGAAUAAGCUUUUUUAGUUUUAUUCUUUUGGUAGUAGUUCCUUAGUUGCAUACUCUUUAUACGUCAAAGAUAUUGGUAUUGCCUCCAAGCGCCCUUAUGCAGCGAAGGAUGACUGACGCAGCAAAGGACGACCGUUAUGCUUCAUCCUUCUCUAAGGUCUUCCCAUGAAGCAAAGGUGAAGCUGGAGGUAUCUUUGUUUCUUUUUCCACAUUCAUUGUAAAUCUGAUAAAAGGUUUAUUCAGAUUCUUUCGUCUCUUUUUCUCCAAUAGUUUUUUUUUCUGGAAUUGUUUUCACACACUACAGAUAUGAAAGAUAAAAGUAAAUUUCAACAGAGUUUUUAUA